AUGCCAUACGCAGCCGACGGAAUUCGUUCUCAAUUAGAGUGGAACUCGACUCUGAGUCCCGCAAAGGCCCCAGUCACCACAGAGGCGACCAAGUUCCUUCGCAAGACCGCCAUUAUCGCCACCAUUGGCCCCAAGGUAAACUCCGUCGAGAAGCUUGCCGCCCUCAGACGCGCUGGUGUUAAUGUCGUGCGCAUGAACUUCUCGCAUGGCUCGUAUGAGUACCACCAGAGUGUCAUCGAUAACACUCGCAAGAUGGUCGCAGCGGACCCUAAUGGUCGCCCAGUCGCCAUCGCGUUAGACACUAAAGGGCCCGAGAUCCGCACGGGGCUGAUGAGGGACGGAAUUGAUAGCGCAAUCCGUGCCGGCCACGAAUUCAUCAUCUCGACCGACCCAAAAUACAGCGAAAUCUGCGACGACAAGGUGCUGUGGGUAGACUACCAAAACCUUCCCAAAGUUACUGCGCCGGGGAAACUGAUCUACGUCGACGACGGUAUCUUGUCCUUACUGGUUCUGACCAUCGACGGACCGAAUGUCCACGUCCGUACCCUGAACAACGGAACCCUCUCUUCGCGUAAGGGUGUCAAUCUCCCCAAGACUGAGGUCGAUCUCCCUGCUUUGUCCGAGAAGGACAAGGCGGACUUGAAGUUCGGUGUCAAGAACGGCGUCGACAUGAUCUUUGCAUCAUUCAUCCGCCGUGGUCAGGAUGUCGUUGACAUCCGUGAAGUCCUUGGCCCUGAUGGUGCCAACAUCAAAAUCAUCGUUAAGAUCGAAAACGAACAGGGUGUUGAGAACUUUGACGAGAUUCUGAAGGAGACGGACGGUGUUAUGGUCGCUCGUGGCGACCUUGGCAUUGAGAUUCCUGCUAGUCAGGUAUUCCUCGCCCAAAAGAUGAUGAUUGCGAAAUGCAACAUGGCUGGCAAGCCUGUCAUCGUCGCUACUCAAAUGUUGGAGUACAACCCCAGGCCUACUCGUGCCGAAAUUAGCGACGUUGCUAACGCUGUCCUCGACGGGUCCGACUGUGUCAUGUUGUCCGGUGAAACCGCCAAGGGCUCAUACCCCAUCGAAUCUGUGUUGAUGAUGGCGGAGACAUGUCUUCUUGCGGAGGCAGCCAUUUGCUACCCUCCUCUGUACGACGAGCUACGAGCUUGCCAACCACGUCCUACCGCCACAGCAGAGACUGUCGCCAUCGCCGCCGUCGCUGCUGCAUCUGAGCAGGAUGCUAGUGGUAUUUUGGUCCUCUCUACGAGUGGUAACACCGCUCGUUUGGUCUCCAAGUACCGUCCUCGCGUCCCAAUCCUUACUGUCACCCGCAACCAACAAACGUCGCGCCAAAUCCACUUGCAUCGCGGUUGCUAUCCAUUCUGGUACCCCGAGCCUCGUGGAAUCCAGGAGCACCAAUGGCAAACAGACGUGGACAACCGUAUUCGUUUUGGCCUGAGAAAUGCGCUGGAGUUGGGUAUCAUCACUCCCGGAUCGACCAUCGUUGCGGUCCAAGGGUGGAAGGGCGGCCUCGGCCACACCAACACUCUCCGUAUCCUCACCGUUCCUACUGACCCCGCUGACCUUGCCCUGCAACCAUUGGGCUCGCAGUAA